CCACCGACAAGUGGGACCACGGAAUCUCCCAUGCGGUCCGUACAGGGGCGGCGCACCGGCGGCGGCGAGCGCCCGCUCUGGGCGCCGCCUGCCUACAGGCCGCAGCGCGGUCGGUUCCGGCUCCCCACGCGUCCUCGCCCCCUCGAUGGCUGGCUUGUUGGGGGCGAUGGCCGGUCAACCGACGAAUCCCGCGGGAAGAUCUUGUCGGGCUCCUGGUGGCUCUGGACGGACCGGCGGGGCUUUCUCGCGCUGGGCGGCUUAAGAAAUCGCAGAUGAUUGCUCCAUGGAAGCAAAGAAAAUCUCAGUUAGAUGGUUGUUGCAACUUGCAAUAUGGUACUCCUAUUGGUAUUGAGGUGUCCUCAGGCGGCAGGAUACACGCUUGUCUUCUCUGUAAAUUGCUUGCUCACGUCUGCUUGGCAAUAAGCAUCUGUAAGAGGCGUGGAUGCUUCGUGGGUGCGUGCUCCCUCCAAUGGAAGUUGACUUUAUCAAGCAUGUAUAAGAGGCUUCAAACUUGAGUUGCAAAGACACAAGCACUGACACCCAGAUGAAGUGAGGUGUGGGGGAUGGAAGCUGUUGUAUGUGCAUCAUAUGGAGCCAUGGGUUCCCUGCUAUUGAAGCUGGGUGCCUUGCUCUCUGAUGAAUGCAGGCUUCUCACUAAAGUGAAGGCGGAUGUAAUGUUCCUUAAAGAUGUGCUCGAGAGCAUGCAUGCUUUCCUCAAGAGGAUGUCAGAGGUGGAGGACCCCGAUGAGCAGUCCAAGUGCUGGAUGAAAGAGGUGCGGGAGCUGUCCUACGGCAUUGAAGAUAGCAUCGACAGUUUUAUGUUCUCCCUUGGUUGUGAGUCCAGCAGCAAGCCCAGAGGCUUCAAGGGAUUUGUUGGCAGGUGCUUGAGCUUGUUCACAGAUGCCAAGACACGCCAUUGGAAUGCCAAGAAGAUCCAAUGUCUCAAGGUCCAUGUUGUAGAGGCUAGCAAUCGGCGUCAGAGGUACAAGGUUAAAGAUGCUUUCCCCAGACCGUGUAGGAUAAGCAUAGACCCUCGCUUGCCUGCAUUUUACACUGAGACAACAAGGCUUGUUGGCAUUGAUGGCCCAAGGGACAAACUUAUCAAGUUGCUAACAGAAGGACAUGGCACAAUGGCACAGCUGAAUGUGGUUUCCAUUGUUGGAUUUGGAGGGCUUGGGCAGGCUACUCUUGCUAAUGAAGUGUACUGCAAGCUUGAAGGGCAAUUUGACUAUAAAGCUUCUGUGUCGGUGUCACAAAAACCUGACAUGAAGAAGAUACUGAGGAGUAUACUCUGCCAGCACAGUUGCCGAGAGUUUGGCAGCAGCGAAGCAUGGGAUGAGCAGCAACUCAUCAACACAAUAAGACAGUUCCUGAAGGAUAAGAGGUACUUUAUUGUAAUCAAUGAUAUAUGGAGCACAUCAGCAUGGAGAACUAUCAGAUGUGCUUUUCCUGAAAACAAUUGUUCCAGUAGAAUAUUGACAACUACUCGCAUCAUCGCAGUUGCCAAAUAUUGUUGCUCUCCUCACCAUGGUCAUGUGUAUGAGCUAAAGCGUCUUGGUGCAACUCACUCUAAGAGUUUAUUCUUUAAAAGAGUUUUUGGAUCUGAAGAUAUGUCCUCUUCAUCUGAAAGAAGUUUCCAAUAAAAUCUUGAAAAAAUGCAGUGGCUUGCCCUUGGCAAUCAUUACAAUAGCUAGUUUAUUGGCUACUAAAGCUAGAACAAAAGAAGAAUGGGAGAAGAUAUGGAAGUCAAUCGGUUAGUACUUGAAAAAGAUACAGACAUGGAAGACAUGAAAAAGAUAUUGUCCCUUAGUUACAAUGAUCGCCCCUACCAUUUGAAGACAUGCUUGUUAUAUCUAAGUGUGUUUCCUGAAGAUUAUGAGAUCAAGAGGGAUCGAUUAGUAAGAAGAUGGAUUGCUGAAGGUUUUAUCACUAUAGAAGGCGGACAGAACAUGGAGGAAAUAGGAGAAUGCUAUUUCAAUGAUCUUAUCAACAGGAGCAUGAUUCAGCCAGUUGGAAUCCAGUAUGAUGGUCGAGCUGAUGCUUGCCAUGUCCAUGAUAUGAUUCUUGAUCUCAUCAUAUCCAAAUCAGUUGAGGAAAACUUUGUAACCUUAUGUGGUGACCAAAAUCACAAGUUGGUGCCACAAGGUAAGGUUCGUCGGCUAUCCCUCAACUAUUAUGCCCGAGAUGAUAUUAUGGUGCCAGCAAAUAUGAUCGUUUCUAAUGUUCGAUCUCUCACUACCUUUGGAUAUUCUGAGAAUAUGCCUUGUCUUUCCGACUUUCAACUCUUGAGAGUAUUAGAUCUAGAAAAUAGGGUGGUGAUGGAAUACAAUUAUAUUAAACACAUGGAUAAGCUUUCUCAUUUGAGGUACCUGUGACUCAAUUCAAGAAGAAUAAUUGCACUCCCUGAACAAAUAGGACAACUACAAAAUUUGCAGACCUUAGAUUUGAGAUGGACAAGGAUUCAAAGAUUGCCAGAGAGUAUUGUUCUCCUACAACGGUUGACAUUGGUUAACAGUUUAGAGUUGCCUGAAGGAAUUGGAAAUAUGCAAGCUCUACGGGAAUUAUCAGAGAUUGAAAUCAAUUGUCAUACGUCAGUAUCUUCUUUGCUGGAACUGGGCAGUUUAACUAACCUAAGAAUUCUUGGGCUAAAUUGGUGCAUCAUUGAUACAAAUUAUGUAAUGAAGACCUAUGCAGAAAAUUUGGUCACAUCACUCUGCAAAUUAGGCAUGCUCAAUCUUCAAUCAAUACAAAUCCAAAGUUAUCAUAGGUGUUCCCUUGAUUUCUUACAGGAUUCUUGGUCCCCUCCUGUUAUGGACCAAUUCUUUGGUGCCAAGUUCAGGCGCAGGAAGCAGAAGAAUCCAGCGCCAGGUGUCUGAUAGAGUUCAGCCGGUUUGGUUAGUUUUCUUAGGAAUUAAGUUAGCCCUUAGAGAUUGAGUUUGUUAGCGAUAAGAUUGGUUAGUUUGUUACAGCCGGGCUCUUCUAUAAAGCACGGCUGUUUAUCUGUAAAAGGGCAAGCAAGAAGUAGAGGAGUCAAUCUCAGAGCCUCCAGCGUGAGGGCGAGAUCUCCAUCUACCUCAAGCUACCCGGUUUAUAUAUCUCAGCAAUUGAGCCAUAUCAUAAUAUAUCUCAGCAAUUGAGCCA